AUGACUUUCAAAUUCAUGAAGGACGGAGAUUGGAAAUGGCCAAUCAAAGACUGUGACACAAAAGCUGUGUUUCGCAGCUUGAUAGAAAGACGUCGGCAUCUUAUGUCAAAGACACUGGCAGGACAUAAUCGGAGUGAAGAGCAGGCUUUGGAAUUUGUCCCUAAAUCGAAAUCGGAGACCACCAGGAGCGCGAAUCGGGAGAUGAACAAGAAGGCCGAAGCAGCAGCGUCGCACAUGGCAAGGGAAACGAGUUCUCAUGAUGUGAGAGCGACAGACAAAGAUAGUAUGACCGGAAGCAUGUCAGAGGAACAGCCAUCGGCAAUGUCUGCAAUUUCGGCGAACAUACCAAAACGAUCACUUCUGCGGAAUGAAAAGGAAGAGCGGAAGAAGAGACAGCGAACGAUGAUCGUUAUCGAUUCGUCAGAUGACGAGAUAUGA